AAAUCACUAUCCAUGGAAAGCUACGUGAAAUAGUUCCUUCUCCUCCAACAUGUACCAAAGAUAAAGACGGGGGGUGAACUUUCUAGACCUUCUCUAGACCCAUCUCUCUGACUUGAGUCUGUUUUUAAAAGCUUUGCGUUUAUAAACUACACUAGGCCCAAGCCAAACUAAUCCCAAUCCAUAUCCCAAUUCCAAUCCCCAGUUGUCGAACAAAACCAGAUCAAUGGCUCUCUUCGGCGACCCUUUCCGGCGCUUAUUCUGGAGCCCUCCGGUCUAUCGCACCUUGCCCGGAUCGACGGCCCUUAUGGACUGGCUAGAAACCCCCAAUUCUCACAUAUUCAAAAUCAACGUUCCAGGUUACAACAAGGAGGAAAUAAAGGUGCAGGUUGAAGAUGGGAACAUUUUGGUGGUGAGAGCAGAAGGUUUUGGGAAAGAGGAAUCCCAGGGGAAAGACAAAGACUGCGUUUGGCACGUGGCCGAGAGGGGAGGAGGCAGGGGAGAUUUUUCCCGAGAAAUCGAAUUGCCGGAGAAUGUAAAGCUGGACCAGAUCAAGGCCCAGCAGGAGAAUGGUGUUCUCACAAUUGUAGUGCCUAAAGAUUCUUCCCCUAAGCCCAGUAGAGUGAGGACCAUCAACAUCUCCAGCAAGCUGUAGAAAAAUCUCCUGUGGAAGUUGGGUUCUAGAUGGUGAUGAAUGAAUGAAUAAGUGGUGCACUUUCUUGUAUGUAUGAAUGUUGGGGAAUAAAAUCCAUGGUUUUUUUGCCUGAAAA